GAAGGUUUUGUGUCUGGGUUGGUGUCCUGAACCUUCCAUUGGAAGUCUUGACUGGUUACGGAGACAGUUGGUUCAGGCUCCAUGUCUGUCAUUUGUAGGAGUCUUAGCUAGGAUCACCCUCAUAGUCCUGCAAGCUUCCAUUGCCCUAGGUUUCUAGCUUGUCCCAGAGAUGUCCCCUCCCAUUCCUGUUUCUCCUAAUACUCUUUCCCUCCAUCCUCCCCCAACCUGAUCCAUCCUGUUCCUGUCUCUACUCCCUCCCUACCCAACUCCUCCCCCCCCCUCAGUCCACCCGCAGUGUCUAUUCUAUUUCCCCUUCUCUGAGAUUCAUGCAUCGCUCGUUGAACCCUCCUGUUACUUAGCUUCUUUAGGUCUGUUGAUUUUAGCAUGGUUAUCCUUUACUGCUAAUAUGCAUUUAUAAGUGAGUACAUACCAUGUUUGUCUUUCUGGGUCUGGGGUUACCUCACGCAGGAUAACUCAGUUUCUAGUUCCAUCCAUUUGCCAGCAAAUUUCAUGAUGUCAUUGUUUUUCAAAAGCUGAGUAAUAGUCCAUUGUGUAGAUUAUCACAUUUUCUUUUCUUUUCUUUUUCACCUAGCAAUAUCAAUUUUUUUAUUAGAUAUUUUCUUUAUAUACAUUUCAAAUGCUACCCCGAAAGUUCCCUAUACCCUCCCUCCACCCUGCUCCCCUACCCACCCAAUCCCACUUCUUGUCCCUGGCAUUUCCCUGUACUGGGACAUAUAAAGUUUGCAAUAUCAAGAGGCCUCUCUUCCCAUUGAUGACCGACUAGGCCAUCUUCUCCUACAUAUGCAGCUAGAGAUACGAGCUCUGGGGGUACUGGUUAGUUCAUAUUGUUGUUCCAUCUAUAGGGUUGCAGACUCCUUCAGCUACUUGGAUGCUUUCUCUAGCUUCUCCAUUGGGGGCCUUGUGUUCCAUUAUAUAGAUGACCGUGAGCAUCCACUUCUGUAUUUGCCAGGCACAUAGCCUCAUACGACAGCUAUACCAGGGUCCCUUCAGCAAAAUCUUUCUGGCAUAUGCAAUAGUGUCUGGGUUUGGUGGCUGACUAUGGGAUGGAUCCCCGGGUGGGGUAUUCUGGAUAGUCCAUCCUUUCGUCUUAGAGACAAACUUUGUUUCUGUAACUCUUUUCAUGGGUAUUUUCUUCCCUAUUCUAAGGAGGAAUGAAGUAUCCACCCAUUGGUCUUCCCUCUUCUUGAUUUUCUUGUGUUUUGCACAUUGUAUCUCGGGUGUUCUUUAUCCAUCUUCGGCUGAGGGUCACCUAGGUUGUUUCCAGUUUCCGACUAUUAGGAAUGAAGCUGCUAUGAGCAUAGCUGAACCAGUGUCCCUGUGCUAUGGUGGAGCAUCCUUUGGGUAGAUGCCCAGGAGUGGGAUAGCUGGGUCUUGAGGUGGAUCUAUUCCCAAUUGUCUGAGAAACCACCAAAUUGAUUUCCAAAGUGGCUGUACAAACUUGCACUCCCACCAGCAAUGGAAGAGUGUUCUCCUUGUCCACAUCCUCGCCAGCCCGAGCUGUCUCUUGAGCUUUUGAUCUUAGCCAUUCUGACAGGUAUAAGAUGGAAUCUCAGAGUCAUUUUGAUUUGCAUUUCUCUGAAGGCUAAUGAUGUUGAACAUUUCUUCAAGUGCGUCUUAGCCACUAGAGUUUCCUCUGUAGAGAAAUGGAGAGUUUCCACUUUCUCUUCUAUCAGGUUUAGUGUAUCUGGUUUUAUGCUGAGGUCUUUAAUCUACUUGGAUAUGAAUUUUAUGCAGGGUGAUGGAUACAGAUCUAUUUGCACUCUUCUACAUGUAAACAGCCAGUUAGACCAGUACCAUUUGCUGAAGAUGCUCUCUUUUUUCUAUUGUAUAAUUUUGGCUUCCUUGUCAAAAAUCAAGUGUCAUGGGUGGCUGGGUUUAUUUUUGGGUAUAUGAUUCAGUUCCAUUGAUUAACUUGUUUCUUUUUUAUGCCAAUAUCAUGCAGUUUUUAUUACUAUUGUUCUGCAGUACAGCCUGAAAUCAGGGAUAGUAAUACCUCCAGAAGUUAUUCUGUUGUACAGGAUUGUUUUAGCCCUCCUGGUUUUGUUUUUUUUUAAUUAGAUAUUUACUUCAUUUACAUUUCAAAUUUUGUCCCCUUUCCUGGUUUCUCCUCAGAAAACCCCCUAUCCUCUCCCCCGUCCCUCUGUCUUGGUGGUUUUUGUUUUGUUUUGUUUUUUUCUGUAUGAAGUUGAUUAUUGUUCUUUCAUGGAUUGUAAAGCAUUAUAUUAGGAUUUUGAUGGGAAUUAUGUUGAAUGCUUUUGGUAAGAUGGCCAUUUCCAUAAUGAACUGUUCUAUGGAACUGUGAAUGAAAUCAACCUUGUCCUUCCUAAGGGGCUUUGAUUAUGGCAUUUCAACACAGCAAUAGUCGUACUAACUAAGACAUAUGCACAUAUGUGUAAGUAUGCACAUGCCAUGACUCAAGUGUGGAGGUUGAGGUCAAUGUGUGGGAAUUGGUUGUCUUCUAUUGUGUGAGCUCUAGGGAUCAGACUCAAGUCUGUAGGCUUAGUGGUAAGAGCCUUUACCUGCCGAACCAUCUUGCACACCCCUCCACCUUUUGUUUUGUUUUCUUUUCUACAUGGAUGUGUGUGGGUACAUGUAUGUGCUUGUGGUUGAUAGUGGAGGUCUUCCACCAUCACUCUCCAUCUUAUGCUUUGAGUGAGGUCUCUCAGUCAAACACAGAGCUCACUGAUAUGUUUGGUCUAGCUACCCAGCUUACUCUGGAGAUCCGGUCUCCACCUUCAAGCCCAGAAUGGUAGAUGGCCAUGCCCACCAGGCAUUUACAUUGGUUCUGUAGAUCUGAAUUCCUGCUUAUGUAACAAGUACUUUAACCACUGAGCCAUCUCCCCAGCCCCUCCACUGAACCUAGAACAUUCGGAUUCAGCUAGCCUGGCUGUCCAGGAAGCUCCAGGGGUUGUUCUUUCUUGACUGAUGGGUAUGUGCCACCACUUAUGAAAAGCCCCAGCUUUUGUGGGAUACUAGGGAUCCAACCAGAGUCCUUAGGCUUUUGUGGCAAGCGCUUUGCUGACUUAGCCAGCUCCCCAGCCUUUCCUUGUCUAAUGGUUUUAUAACUGUUUCUUUCUUUCAUUCAGGUGUCUCCUAGUCUGUCUUCUUGGUGCCACCUUUAAAAAGGAAGUCAGUGAAACAUAGCUGCUUACAGGAAACAACCUCUAUACUCAGAAGUUAAUAAGAAACAUUGAAUGAGGGGAUUGUAAUUCCAUGAACAGCCAAGUGGCCCUAUAAAGGAAGGUAGAGCUCCAAGAGACUGUCAAGGACCUGGUCAUGCUCCUGUCCCGGGUGCAAUGGAGGGAAAGUGGGUGUGACUAGAACCCAGCAAAAGCCAUGGGCAGGGAACAGGAUCCUCAGUAGAGUCCCCAUAGGAGACUUAGUCGAGAUGUGGACCUUAGUCAUAGAACAUAAAUCCUACUAGAACCACAUCUUUGAAAAGAGAGAUCAGGGGCUAGAGAGAUGCUCAGAGGUUAAGAGCACUGACUGCUCUUCUGAAGGUCCUUAGUUCAAAUCCCAGCAACCACAUGGUGGCUCACAACCAUCUGUAAUGAGAUCUGAUGCCCUCUUCUGAUGUGUCUGAAGACAGCUACGGUGUACUUACAAUAAUAAAUAAAUCUUUAAAUAAAGAAAAUGUAACUAAAUAGAGAAUACCACAUUAUUUAAAGAGAGAGAGAGAGAGAGAGAGAGAGAGAGAGAGAGAGAGAAAGAAAGAAAGAAAGAAAGAAAAGAAAAGAAAAGAGAGAUCAGAGGACAAGUGCCUCGGCCUCCCUGCUCUCAGACUCCUCUAGUGACUCACACAGAAGCCUGAAGCCCUGGAGGCUCACUCCUUAGAGAUUGGCCUUCAGAAGCCUGGGGCAGCAAGGGCAGACCAGGAGAACUGAGCCUAGUCCUUAGACUACCAUUUGAUGCCACCCAUGCUGGCUCCUGCCUACCUUUCAGACUUAUCACCCCACAGCCACCAGUUAAACUUCCCACAAAGAUGUGAUACAUCAACAGAUUUGUGUUGGCCAAGUGGUAGAUCGGGGACAAGAGGUGAGUCUGAUAAGGGAAGGAACUUACUGGCUCACGCUGAUCACUAAGGAUGAGUUGAGCUGCUCUGAGUGUACACGUUACACAGUAACUUUGAUGGUUGCAGGAAAGCUAAUGACCCGGGGAAGUUUUCCCACCGCAUGUGGUAGGUCUGUUGCUCACAGCCACCCAUGGAAUGUUGGAAAAGUCCCUCUGAGCUUCUGUUUUCUCAACUUUUUGGAGAAGAUUUUAUGGCCUUAAAGACAGACUAAUACUGCAUGCAUAUUAGCUUGGGAGUUAGACCUUUGCGCUCCCACACAGCUGUUCAUUUGUUUGAUUUGUGUGUAGGAGGGUAUGGCCCAUACAUGUAAGAGUGUAGGUGCCCACAUCUGUGUAUGUGGGCAUGGAGGCCAGAGAAAUACACCAGGUGGCCACAUAAUUACUCUUUAUCUUAUUCCCUUGGGAUCUGCACCCAACCAGAAGCUACCAUUUUGACUAGGCUGUCUGGCCAGCAAGCUCUUGGGAACCACCUGUCUCUGCAUCCCAAAUGCUGGGCUUUCAGGCAUACAAAGCCAUAGCUGGCUUUUUAUAUAGGUGUUGAGGAUUUGAAUUCAGGUCUUCAUGUUUAUAAUGCAAGCAUUCUUACCUUUGAGCUAUCUCCAUAGUCCCCACUGUUUACUUACCUGUUUUCUUGCUUUGGCUGCUUCUGAAUAUUAGAUAUCAGUAGUUCCUUUGGUUAUUUGAAAAUGGAACUUUGGGCUAGUGAGAUGGCUCCGUGGGCAUAGGCACCUGCUGUUGCACUAGGCUGAUGUCCGGCCUAAGUUUGCUUCUCAGACUCCAUGGUGGAGAGAACUGACUCCCAGAAAUUACUUUCUGAACUCUACAUGUAUGCCUUGAUAGGUACAUGUCUACCUUCAGACACACUUAAUAAUAAACAUUUUAAACUCAAAACAACAUACAACUUUGAGCUGGUUGUGGUAGUGCAUUUGGUAGGUACAAGUUGCAGAGUUAGGAGUUCACGGUAUCUUCAGCUGCACGGUGAGUUAGAGGCUAGCCCGAAAUACAUGAUCCUGUCGAAAGGAAAAAAAAAAGGUUUUGCUGGGCAAUGGUGGCAUAUGCCUUUGAUCCCAUCACUUAGGAGACAGAAGCAGGCAGAUCUCUGAGUUCGAGACCAAGUUCCAGGACAGCCUGAGCCACACAGGAAAACCCUGUCUCAAAAAACAAAGAUUUUAUUGCUCUCUGCUUCUCAUCUGUGGCCUCCAUGGAAGAAGCUCCCUCCUGCAGCUGUUGUCUGAAGCCAUGAUGGGCUGACCCUAGAACUGUAAGCCAAAGGAAGCCCGUCUCCCCUUAGAAAACCAGCAAACAGAAAAUAGCGCAUCUCAACAUAUUUUCCAGGUAGUUGGGGAAAAAAAAACUAAUCUCUAUUCAUGCCUGACAACAAUCUUUUUCUCCCUUUUUAGCAUACAAAAUAAUAGGAUAGCAUAGCAUUUUCAAACAUAUAUAUCAUUGUACUUUGCUCCUCUCUCUCUCUCUCUCUCUCUCUCUGUCUGUCUGUCUGUCACACAUACACACACACACACACACACACACAGAGCUUUUACAGUGAUGUUAGGUCAAACAUAGAUAAAGAUGAGCACAGGGGCUGGAGAGAUGGCUCAGCAGUUAAGAGCACAGCUGCUCUUCCAAAGGAACCGGUUUCAAUUCCCAGCAUCCACACAGACAUGCGUGCAGGCAAAACACAAAGCACCAAUGUACAUAAAAUAAAAAUUAAAUUAAAAAAGGGGCCGGGCAGUGGCGCAUGCCUUUAAUCCCAGCACUCAGGAGGCAGAGGCAGGCAGAUUUCUGAGUUUGAGGCCAGCCUGGUCUACAAAGUGAGUUAUAGGAUAGCCAGGGCCACACAGAGAAACCCUGUCUCAAAAAACCAAAAAACCAAACCAAAACAAAACAAAAAUUUAAAAAGGGAUGAACGCUGUUGCUACACUUCAGGGCAUACACCUAUGACAGCAGCUCUAGGAAAGCUGAGAUAGACACAUUGUUGUGAGUUUGAUGUCAGCCUGAUUUACACAGUGAGUUCUAGACUAUAGUAUGGAACAUUGUCUCCAGAAACAAAAAAAAAAAACAAAACAAAACAAACAAACAAACAAACAAAAAAACGGAGGGGAUGCAAAGAUAAGGGGGUGGGGUAGAAAGAAACUGACUGACUUACUGAAGGCCACCCAACUGGUGACAGAGCCAGGAUUUGAACCCAUCUGUACUACCUUCCCUGUCACUCUGAGCUUGUACUCUGCAGUCCUGACCAGCAAGCAUAUGGUGAUUGGGAUUCAUGGGAGCUUGGUGAGGCUAGAUGUAUUUAGAUCUUCAGGGGCAUGGGAAAGGUAUGCUGCAGAAAUUUUAGGACAAAGAGUAUGAACUUUAGGGGUGAAAAGUCAACCAGGAAAACCAGCAGUUCCUGCUUGUGCGGAAGCACCUACUCCUCCAGCUUGCCUAGCGUCGUGCCAUUCGGCUCCCUCAGAGGCCUCUUCAUGGGUGUGAAGCUACCCUUGAGUCAGUGGAAGUAAAACAGCUUAUUAAAAAAUCUAACCCAUGCUGUUGUUUUACCCUGCUGGUAUUUAAUUGUGUGUGUGUGUGUAUGCGCGCGCGCGCGCGUACACAGUAAGGUACACACAGAGACCAAAACAAGGCAGAGAAUGUGCUUUAUUUGGUAGAAAGCUUUGUCUGGCAUUUAUGAAGCCCUGGAUUCAGUCCCUAGCACCUAAAACAAGGCAUGGUUCAUAGGUUGGGGCCACACUAGGAUACACAAGACCCUGUCUACAAAUAAGUAAAUAAAUAAAUAUCCUAAUGACACACAUAAAGAAACAAAACAGAAGAUACGGAAGACUCUGGAAUGGCCAGCUGCCUAUGCAGUGCUCGCGUCAGUGGUUCACAGAGACAUGGGCGUACUGUCCAGGGGUACGGGACGCUGCAGGGCUGCCCUGUGACCUGGCAUUUCCCUUCUGAUCAGUGUGUGGUGAAUGGCUUUCAGGAGCCAUGUUUGAUCAGGAUGACGGGACGGUCAGCUGCAUCCCGGGGACCCUUGUAAGGACAUGAGUGCUUGAGCAGAGGCCAGGAUGAAGCUGCUCCCAGGAGUCGGUGUGUUCGGGACUGGCAGCUCAGCCCGGGUCCUGGUCCCGCUGCUGAGGGCAGAGGGCUUCACCGUGGAGGCCCUGUGGGGGAAGACUGAGGAAGAGGCAAAGCAGCUGGCCGAGGAGAUGAACAUCACCUUCUACACCAGCCGCACAGACGACGUCUUGCUGCAUCAAGACGUAGACCUGGUCUGCAUCAACAUCCCACCUCCGCUCACCCGGCAGAUAUCCGUGAAGGCUCUAGCACCUGUUGUGAAGCUUCAGUUGUCUGGAGAAGAGCAGGAAGUGGAAGGGGAUCCUGGCCUGACAUCACUGGACGCAGUGACGCCAUAUUCUACGGGUGCUCCUUGCUGUAGCAGAAAGGGAAUUGGGAAGAACGUGGUGUGUGAGAAGGCAGCGACAUCCAUGGACGCCUUCCGGAUGGUGACCGCAUCUCGCUACUACCCACAGCUGAUGAGCUUGGUGGGGAACGUUCUGCGCUUCCUGCCUGCCUUCGUGCGCAUGAAACAGCUCAUUGCAGAGCACUACGUGGGUGCCGUGAUGAUCUGCGACGCUCGCAUCUACUCCGGGAGCCUGCUCAGCCCCAGCUACGGCUGGAUCUGUGACGAGCUUAUGGGGGGCGGGGGCCUGCACACCAUGGGUACCUAUAUCGUGGACCUGUUGACCCACUUGACUGGCCAGAAAGCCGAGAAGGUGCACGGGCUCCUCAAGACCUUUGUGAGGCAGAAUGCCACCAUCCGUGGCAUCCGCCAUGUCACCAGUGAUGACUUCUGUUUUUUCCAGAUGCUCAUGGGUGGGGGGGUAUGCAGCACAGUGACCCUCAACUUCAACAUGCCAGGUGCCUUUGUGCAUGAGGUCAUGGUAGUGGGCUCCGCAGGGCGCCUUGUUGCCCGGGGAGCUGACCUCUAUGGGCAGAAGAACUCUGCUGCACAGGAGGAGCUGCUGGUGAGAGACUCUCUGGCUGUGGGCGCAGGGCUCCCUGAGCAAGGUCCCCAGGAUGUCCCACUGCUUUACUUGAAAGGUAUGGUCUAUAUGGUUCAGGCCUUGCGUCAGUCCUUCCAGGGGCAGGGGGAUCGCCGUACCUGGGACCGCACCCCUGUCUCUAUGGCUGCCUCAUUCGAGGACGGACUGUAUAUGCAGAGCGUGGUAGAUGCUAUUAAAAGGUCCAGCCGGUCUGGGGAGUGGGAGACUGUGGAGAUGCUGGCAGAGGAGCCAGAUGCCAACCAGAAUCUAAGUGAAACACUUCAGCGGAACAACCUGUGAACCUGCGCAUGCGCGCUUCCUCCCAAGGGCCAGAGGCUCCAGGGAGGGCACUGGGACCUGGGAUUGGCUGUAGCAGAGACACGGUGUCGUUUUUUAAAUAAAUCAGCUUGGGCCAGGGUUAGGAGCCAACUGAAGGUGGCCAAGGAAAACACCCAUCCAUCCAUCAUUGAUUCCUCAGACUUGCCUGGGGACCCCUAGCUAUGACGCACCUGCUGUCAUAGCUUAGGCUAGCAGUGUGUGCAGGAUAGAGCUGUAGCCUGACCCCUUGUGGUUCUGCCAGUGAGCAGGGCCAAUGAAGAUCAAUAUGGGCUCUUCAGGCUGAGUUGUGGUCUCACAGGAUGAGAAAACCCAACAGGAACUAGCUUGGUUGAGUCCUUAGGGUAGAUGGCAAGAAACCUUGCCUGUUGUGGACCAGGGCAUCUCAGGACUGGAGAAGGCGGUGACAGGUCAUCCCUUAGGGAUCUUCCCCCACCCUCCCAUUCGAUCUGAUCUUUUCAGCCCCCUUGCAAGCCCUUCCAAGAGAAAAGGAGGUUUCUGUGUUAUACAUAACUCUGGGGGGGGGGGGCAACUUGGCAGAGAGAAGACAAAGGGGAACUGUAGAACAUCUGAGAAAUGUCAGUAAAUAAGUCAGAAAAGAACUGACAUCAUGGUGUGUGGUCGUUUGUUUGGGGUUGGAUUUCUUUAAUAAUGGAAGGCUUGUUUAUGGCUGUAGAUCUGUUGUUGUUCUCCCUUCUUCACGAGCUCGAGCUCCAGAGCAGCUAUGAGAAUAUGGCUCCCAAACGCUCUCCAAAUAUCUGCAGCAGAGAGGAUAUGAGGCUCCCUGUUAGGCUGCUGCCAAACCUGCCAUUCCGAGAAGACAGGAUGAGAGCCUGGGGACCCCUAGCCUGGAUGUCAUGAGAGGUUCUUUUUAUUUUAUCUGUCUGUCUGUCUCUCUGUCUGUCUGUCUGUCUGUUUGUUUGUUUGGGACAGGGUUUCUCUGUGUAGCCCUGGCUGUCCUGGAACUCACUCUGUAGACCAGGCUGGCCUCGAACUCAGAAAUCCACCUGCCUCUGUCUCCCAAGUGCUGGGAUUAAAGGCAUGUGCCACCACACCUUGCUCUUUUUAUUUUUUAAAGAUUUAUUAUAUAUUUAUGUGUCUGUAUGUGUAUCUAUGUUUGUGUGAGCUCAUGAGUGCAGGUGCCCACAGAGGCCAGAAGAUGGCAUCAGAUUUCCCAGUGCAAGAAGUGGGUGCUGGGAACUGAACCUUUAACUGCUGAGCCAUCUCCAGCCCCGCGGUUCUGUUAUGGAAGCUGUGGUGUGGCUGGCUCCAGGAGAGCCCUCGGGAGGAGCUUAAGGAGGAAGGGGCCUGUGCCACCCUUUGGAACAGGUUUAACUGGCACUACUUGAGUCAGCCAGCAAGCCACCAGCUGUGCUUAUUAACUGGGACAGGUCGGAGCUGGGUGGGGACUUGAAGGUGGAGGAUUCGGCCCCUUUUGUUCCCCUUGUCAUCUGCUGGAUUAUGAUGUCUCAAUGAAGCCUGUUCUUUCUUCAGAUUUCCCCCUUGUCUGGGCUCCUUGCCAAAAAGGCCUAGGGAGGCCUUCCUCUUCCUCUUCCUCUUGGCCCAACUUAUAGAAACCAUCGGACCUAUGUCCCCGUGCUGCCCUGAUUUCAAACAUCGUCUCUGUGAGGCAAAGUAAGGUUGGAAUGUUGUUGCUGGGCUGGCUCUCCAGAGUAAACCAUGUUUAAGGCCAGCCUGGUCUACGUAGCAAGAACAUGUCUCAAAGGAAAACAAAAUCUAUGCCUAUUGUCUCUGACCAGGGGAAGCAGAGGCAAAGUUACUAGGUCGGGACUUUAGCUCCUAACCUUAAGGUGCCCUUAUUCCAACCCUGGGGAAUCUUCUCUCAGAAACCUAGGCAUUCAUUGACUUUCUGCAGCAAGAUUCAGCCUGGCUUGAACGACGAAGGCGCUGCACAGUGCCCACCCUCAGGAAGCUAACAAGACUGGCCAUUUCUAGCCCACUCAGCUCAGCUCCAGCUGCCCUUGUAUAUUUAAUUAAUAUGCCAAGAUCCCGCCUAAGUUGAGGAUGUCCAGGAAGACCAAAGCUGUACCUGUGAAAAGUGUUUUUUGCUGACUUGGAAAUGUUGGGUAGGUUUUAGAGAUGUUCGUGCUCAGAGAUCGCCUCCCAGUGCUGGAAGAGGGGGUAAGUAGACAUGGGGCGGGACUACUAUUAUGAAGACACAGGGACUUUGAGGGCACCUCUCAGAGUCUAGAUCUAGACCCCUGACAACUUCCCACCUCCCUGGAACAAGAACUUGCAGUCACUAAGAAUGAGGUGAGCUGAGCCUUUAUGGCCCAGAUGGUGAGAGUCCCUGAGCGAGUGAGCCAAACUAGUUCUAGACUUGUCCUGCAGCGCCCCCUACUGGAAGAAGGCAGCAGCUUUUAGGUAGAAGUUUCUUCUGAGUUAGCCCUUUGAUAGAUCCCAGCCAGAUGAGAAUUUCCAAAAUGCCUGUUAAGUCUUCAACCUCCGGAAGGGGGUUGGGGUGGCUGAGAGAUGGUUCAGUGGUUAAGAGCACCAGCUGUUCUUCCAGAGGUCCUGGGUUCAAUUCCCAGCACCUACAUGGCAGCUCACAACUGACUAUAACUCCAGUUCUGGGGAUCCUACACCAUCACACAGACCUAUGUGUUGGCAAAAAAACAAUACACAUGAAAUGAAAAUAAAUAAAAUUUU